AUGAUUGAUGCAAGCUUAAAUUUAUGGACAGAAAUAGAGAAACGCAUCUUUUGGCACUUGAUCUAUAAUGCUCUACUGAUAGAUGAAAGAUUGGUAUAUGUUACAGCAGUACAAAAUCUCAAUUGUCCCUGA